UUGACUUGCCUGGAUUUCCCGCGACACUCUGGCAUGACGGGAAAUCUGUAACGUCUAACAGGCAUGAUGGGAAAGGUCGGAGUUCAGAGGAUUCUAGAACAUGGCUGCGCUGUUGUCCUUGUUAUUUAAAUCGAGAACAGGGCUGCUGCUGUCUCAACAGCCCUUAGCUGUGCCUGCGAGGUGUGCGUCCAAAAAGGCCGGCGGAAGCUCGAAAAACGUCGGCGGGAAAAGUCCAGGCCGUCGAUAUGGCUUCAAAAAAAUGGAUGGCAACUUUGUUCAUGCUGGCAACAUCCUAGCAACACAACGUUUGAUACGUUGGCACCCAGGAUCAAAUGUUGGCAUAGGCCGCAACAACACUCUGUAUGCCUUGGAGGAUGGCGUUGUCAGAUACACCAAGGAGGUGUAUGUUCCCCCGCCGCGCAGUCCAGAGGCCACGAAGGUGAUCUGCAAACUGCCCAAAGGGUCUGUCCUUUAUAAGACAUUCAUCAACAUCAUCCCCAACAAGCAGGAGGGUGCCUUCAAACUGGUGGACAUGCUGUGAGCCUCAAUUGUCUCUGUAUCUCCAAGGGGUGGAGCUCACUGUAAGCAGCAGAUAUUGAACUGACUUCGUGAGAAUGGGUUCCUCUUUGGUGCGUGUGGAUGUAGUUGCUUUUCAGUCCUGCUUCAGGAAACCAGUGGGACUCAUAACUACAGAACAUUUUCUUUAUUUCAAGUCUUUACACUUCAUAACAUGUAUGUACUGUUUUAAAUAGGCAACUGCUCAGCAGGCAAAGUACAGGAAAACCCCUAAAAGAUUCAAAGUAAUGAAAAUUCAACAUUUAAAAAGAAAAUGUUGACUGACCUAGAAGUCAGAAGUUGAAUUUUUUUGUAAUUUACCUUAUCUAUGUGUUGGAGGUCCAGUGGUUGGUUAAAGACUUUGAUAUUAUAAUAAAAUUGUUACAAUCUCCAUUAAAUUCAAUGAAUUGAAACUACUAAAUGAAGCUAUUGUGUGGAGAAAGCUAAGUAGUAGGAGGACAGCAGUAAAGUAUGGUAAUGACUUAACGCUUCACUGUGGGACAGUUGCUGGGAUUGUUUCUCACAAAAAAAAAAGUGCUGGGGUUUGUUUGGCUGUCAGAUUGGUUAAAAAGGAAAUCCUUUUGCUUACUCAGUAGCUAAACAAUUCUGUGCAGAUAAAGUGUAGAUUAUCUUUAACUUUAAACAUCAUUCACAUUAAUUAGCCUUAAAAGAUGAGGCUUUCUCUAGAAACCACAUUUAAGAAGCUGUUUCAUCCAGGUUUGACAGCAUACUUUUAAUUAAUUUAAAACAUCCCUGAUGUGAGAAAUUAUAGUAAGAAGUCUCUCAUGCUGUUUAUAGUUGAUAAAACCAAACUAGAAUUCAAUGCAAGAGUUUCAUUUUUAAUGUAUUGACUUCGAUCUGAGCUUAAUGACUCAAAAUCUGGGUUUGUACAAUGUCCAAAUAGUAGUCUGUGAUGUAAAAAAAAAUAGCCUUCAGGUUGUGGAUGACAUACGUGUGUUGACAUAGCUGCUUUUUAAUUUUUUAAUCCCCUAAUUAAAUGCCCAACGUGAAUGCUUAAUUCACCAGCACUGCUGACAAAUCACACACUAGGAUGUGUCUUUUUUAAGUUUUCCAUUUCUUUCAAAUUUAAAUUGCUUCAGUGCUCAUUAAGAUACAGGUUUAUCUGCCUUUUAUAUGGAGAUUUGAGCUCUUCCCAGAGCUUUUGAAUUCUGCUCUUCCAAUUAUAAUAUGCAUUAAGCUCCCUGUUUUUUUCUUCUUUAGCUAAAUUAAGCUUUGCACACCAAGCUGCCUGCUAAGUCAUUGUUCUGGAUUUGUUUUUCACUCUCCCUUUAAAGCUUAGGCAACACUGUAACUCCUAUAGAAUUUAGUGUUCCUGAACACCGAUAACUCUCAGCAAAUGGAAACUUAAAUAUGCAGGACCUGGAUAUCAAGGAAAAAAGGGGAAAAAAUACAAGUGUAGUAAAAGAGUGUCUUGAGGUGCUACAGUGUAAGAUUUGCUCAAUUACAGACACGUAAUCAUGGAUAUAUAAAUGGAAUAUCUCUUAUGAAUUAACCAGUUAAUUACCCUGAAACGUCUUGAUUGUAUAAAACCUGUAAGUUACAUCUGAUCAUCUUUACUGGAAGGACUGGGAGGUACAGUCAAUGCUGUAAGUACUUUCAGGGACACUAUAGCUGUAAAACAAGGUAAUUGUAGACUUGAAUGUUGAUAGAAAUUACGGUAUUGUAUUUUAUUCAUAAAGUUAUUUGAAGGGUAACACUUCCCUGGAGUGAAUGUUAAACAGCCUCUAAAUUAUUGAAUGUAUUACAGGCAUCUAAUUACAUUUCAAAGGGCGGGGGUUAGGUACACAUAAUUACAGCAGGGGAUGUGUGAAUGAACUCAAAACCAUUGAUACUCGAAAAUCCUUUCUAAUUUUCAAUGGAGAAGAGAUUGUUUUCCUUUACUUGUAUGCGAAUAGUGUUUUGUGUCGAGAAGGCAUUUUCGACAUGUAAACGUUUGCUUUGAGGAAACCAUUGAAAAAAGUAAGACUAUUUUAACAAAGCUUAGAUAAUGAUGGUUUGGUGUUUUGCAGUAGGCCUACAAGCUGUCCUAAAAUUUAAUCAAUAUUUGUCAAAUGAUCAAACAAAACAAUUUAGGGAUAUGAGCUUAAUGGAAUGCUUUCUGUGUGACUGUUGACUUCAAAAACUUUCAGAAUGCUGUUAAAUAGUACGUAUGAAGUCCAUUUGCUAUCGUUUGUCCCACAUUGUUCCAAGGUACAUUUUAAUUAUUAACUCCAACAGGCAUUUUGGUCUAUAAUAAACUAUUUUAAUUAUACACAUGGCUAGAAAAAAUGCAAAUCUGCUCUGAAAAGAAACAAUGUAAAUCUAACAACUUGUUACAGCUAGCUUUGUUGUGUUACUAGUGCGCUACAAAUAUAAGCCUUUUUCUGAAAAUGUAUGUAAUGCUCUAUUAGAGUGUUUGUGUCUAAUGCCUUUAUAACCUGUAAUAACAGAGGGCAAAAACCUGCUAGCGUGUGGCCCUUACAAAUUAUACAUUUCAUGCUUAAGAUUUUUUAUUGGUAAAUAUUUCAUUAGUGUCUUUUUUUUUGUUAGCUGUUUUAAAGAUAUUUGUGAUUUGUACAUCCUCUAAUAGAAUUAUGACAUAUAUAAAAUUUAGUCAGUGCCAAUGUAAUUGUGCUAUAAACCUAAAUAUCAUACCAACCCUUCAAAACACAUUUUAAGUGUAAUGGUUUUUGGUGUUCAGUGCAUAAUGGUGUUAGAUUAAUAUAACCUAUAGAAUGGAAUGACUGAUCAUUCUUGCCCUACAUUAUAAAAGAUACAAUGUUGAUCCUGUAUUUGGUGGCAGUCAUAGAGAAUGAUACUGUAUAAAUUAAUGUAGAUGAUCAAUACUUAAAUGAAAUCUGAUGCAAAUUAAAAUAUCACAUAAUUUGAAAAUAAAAUGUACAAUUAAGGCUUUUCA